AUGCGUUUCUCUUACACCGCCGCUGCUCUCGCUGCUCUUACCGGCCAGGCCGCCGCCCACGCCCGUGUCUACGCCCUGUGGCAGGACGGCGUUGAGGUCAAGGCCGACGGCAAGGCUGGCCUGGGGUCCUACAUCCGCAGCCCCCCCAACAACAACCCCGUCAAGGACAUCACCAGCAAGGACAUCGUCUGCAACGCCGACCCCUCCGCCAAGGAUUCCUUUGCCGCCGUCAAGGCUGGCAGCAAGCUCGAGUUCGAGUGGUACCACAACACCCGCAACGACGACUACAUCGAUGGCUCCCACAAGGGUCCUCUCCAGACCUACAUUGCCAAGUACACCGAGGGUGACGGCACCGGUGCCAUCUGGACCAAGAUCGCCGAGGAGAAGUACGACGGCACCUGGCCCGUCACCAAGAUGAUUGCCAACAAGGGCAAGUCCCAGGCUGUCACUCUCCCUGCUGACUUGGCUGGCGGCAAGUACCUCAUCCGUCACGAGAUCAUUGCCCACCACGAGUCCGACACCACCUACGAUGUCAACUCCGCCCGUGGCGCCCAGUUCUACCCCUCUUGCAUCCAGAUCGAGGUCACCGGCAGCGGUAGCGCCGUUCCUCCCCAGAACUUCGACUUCCAGACCGGCUACAAGUACUCCGACUCCGGCAUCCACUUCAACCUCUACAACGACGACGCCACCACCUACAAGGCCCCCGGCCCCGAGGUCUGGACCGGCGGCUCCAGCUCCGGCGGCAACGACUCUUCCCCCGCUCCCACCACCACCGCAGCCGCUGCCUCUUCUGCUGCUGCCACCCCCACCACCCUGGCUACCCAGGUCGCCUCUUCUGCCGCCGCUGUUACCUCUGCUCCCGCUGUUGCCACCACCAGCGCCGCUGCUGCCCCUUCUGCCACUCCCUCCAAGGCCCCCAGCUCCGGCUGCAAGCGCCGCCGUGCUGCCCGCAAGGCUCGCCGCUCUGCUCACUAA